UCAGCUGCUUGACUCGUUUAACUUUCUUUGCAAUAUAUUCCUCUUCUCAAAACUCUCUCUCUCGCGCUUUUAGCGCGCUAAUCCGGAAGACCAUUUAGGCCUUAACAGAGCAUUUUGUGGGUUGCAGAGAAGUGAAAAUGAGCCGUGUUGUUGCGGAUUCGAACGCGUUCGGUGGAGACUUGGCUUCGGCGGUGGGCCACCUGUUCAAUUUCCCGGGGAGCGUCGAGAAAUUCAUGUUUCCUUCGCGGGCACACCAGGCCAAUGAGAACAGCGGCAUAUCGGGCAUUCCGGUUGAUAUUUUGGACACCCCCAAGGAGUACAUUUUCUACAUGGACUUCCCCGGUGUGUCCAAGUCUGAUAUUCAGGUGACUGUGGAAGAUGAGAACACUCUGGUGAUCCGUAGUGGUGGGAAGAGAAAACGUGAAGAUGGUGAGGAGGAAGGGUGCAAGUACCUCAGGCUUGAGAGGAGGGCAACCCAGAAGGUCUUGAGAAAGUUCCGGUUGCCUGAAAAUGCCAAUGCUUCUGCCGUCACAGCCAAGUGCGAAAAUGGGGUUUUAACUUUGGUUGUUGGGAAGCUUCCUCCACCGGCCAAGGCCAAAACUGUUGAAGUUACCAUUUCCUGAAGGAGAUUUGGGGUUCAUGGAGGGGAAGACAGAGCCGGAAUGAUGAGUUUGUGGAUUUCUAUUAAGUGUCAGCAACAUGCUUUGUAUAGUUGCUAGUUUAGGUUGUUGACUUGAGGAAGCAAUUGAGUAUCUCUAAAGAAAAAAGAAAAUGGGCUUUUUUCCUCCUAAA